CCUUGCUCUCUAGUUGUAGUUGCUCUCUUCUCUGAUUCUGCAAAAAUUUCUAAAAUGGCCCUUUUAAUUUCAUUCUUAAUUGGGAUACAGCUGUUUCAUGCAGUGGCUUCUGUUCCACUUACUCAGUUUCUUCACCCAUCAUGCAACUCUUUGGAGGUAAAGACUGCUGCAGAAGUAGCCCUCAACAAACACAAUAAAUAUCGGACGGAAGGUUACAUUUUUGGCCUGCAACGCAUUUUUGAUGCCUAUGAAAUAUCUCAGCAGGAUGGUGAUUCUGUUUUCUUCCUCAUUCUGGAUGUGUUGGAAACCAAAUGCCAUGUCUUGAGUAAGAAACUGUGGAAAGAGUGCGAGUUUAGAAAACCAUACGAGACUGUCUUUGGCCAAUGCAAAGUAAUAAUUAAAUUGAACAAACAUUCAAAUGAUUCGUUCAUGUACAGAAAUGACUGCAUUUUACGACCUCAUUCCAGUCCUCCCUGCCCUGGCUGUCCAGUUCGCCAAAGUGCUUCUGAAGACAGAUUUCAGGAAAUAGCAAGAAAAAGCCUAGCCAAAUUCAAUGCUGAAAAUGACCACGAUCGUUAUUUUGCCAUUCUUGAGGUCACCAAAGCAAGUUCACAGGUGGUUAAUGGAAUGUUGCACGCUAUAGAAUUCACCAUCCAGGAGACCUCCUGUCCUAAAAGACCACCUGUGUCUGACAUCACUCAAUGCUCUCUCCUCCCUAUUGAAACUGCAGUGAGAGGCCUAUGCAAAGGCUCUAUGAUAGAAACCUGGAAUGUAGGUGCCAACAUUGUCACUGCAAAUUGUGAACUCUUUCCACAUCCGUCUGGGUCUGAAUACCAAGAGCUACACCAUCUUCAUGUUAAUGCCACAGAAACACCCACAAAACAGAAGGAAACAGUUGUCAACAAUGAACCUUCGAGUGAGCAUGCUGUGCCAGAAGUGCAGGAGCCCAAUCCAAGCUCUCGCCCUAGUCUUGCUUCUCCACAACAGAUAGCCAAUUCUCGUUUGACCAAACCAACCAUUCCUCCCUUCCCCAAAGGGUUUUCACAAUCAGCUUCAUGCCCAGGUGAGGUUUCAAUACAGAUCCCUGGUCUUCAACUACCUUCACCACCACUGGCUGAAGCUUCCCAAACAGAGAGUAAUGUACAACACUGAAAACUUUAUUCAGGAAUGUUUC